GCUAGGUUCCCGCUCCGCCCCCUCAGCUCUUCCAUAGGGUGAGCCUCUCCUCGCUCCGCCCCCUACCCGAUCUGGGCCUCGUCGGAUUGGUUAGAACGGGUGUCGGGUUGGGCGGUUCGGUCGCGGGCACUCGGCCCCGGGAUGCGAGCAAGCAGGGGCGGUUGAGGCGUAAGUGAAGUCUUGGCCAGAGUUUGCCUCUUGCCAGGAAUCCCGGGGCUGCGGCGGCGACGGUGGCGGCGGUUCUCGCUGAAGUGGAGCCGGAUCACGUCUCUUCCCCGCUCAGCCGGCGGGGGCGGGCGAGCGGACCGAGGUCGGAGCGCCGUGCAGCGGUGGGGCAGCCCUCGAUUCCCGGUGUCAGACUUGGAAGAGACUUCAGAAAUCAUCUAGGCCAACUCAUAUCCAGACAGGAAUCCUCUACAAUGCCCUUGACAAGAAUUUGCGCCAGCAUCUACUUGACUUCAAGAAAUGAAAAAGCCAUUACUUUCCAAGGGAACUCAUUCUACCUUUGAACAACUUUAAAUGUUGUAAGGAAGAAAAACGGACCAUUGAAAGAAAACGAAACCUUAAAUACAAGCCUGACUUAUGAAAAAACAAAGAUUGUACCAUUUGGUUUAGAAUGGGUACUACCAGUGAUGAAAUUGUUUCUAUGGAACAGAACUCUUCCUUAAAUCCUUUGUGUUUUGAAUGUGGUCAACAACAUUGGACCAGAGAAAAUCAUUUGUACAAUUAUCAGAAUGAAGUGGAUGAUGUGGUCUGCCAUAUUUGCCUUCAGCCCCUGUUACAGCCAUUAGAUACCCCUUGUGGACACACAUUCUGCUACAAGUGCCUAAGGAACUUUUUACAAGAGAAAGAUUUUUGUCCAUUGGAUCGGAAAAGGCUCCAUUUUAAGCUGUGUAAGAAAUCCAGUAUUCUGGUUCAUAAGCUCUUAGACAAACUACUAGUUCUGUGUCCCUUUUCUUCAGUAUGCCAAGAAGUCAUGCAGCGUUGUGACCUAGAGGGACAUCUUAAAAACAGAUGUCCUGGAGCUUCCCGUCGGAGAGUUGCUCUAGAGAGAAGGAAAACCAGCAAAUUAAAGGCUGAAACUGAGAAUGAAAAUGGAUCCAGUGUGGUAGAUCACCCUGGUACUUUAUCACCAGACAGUGCUGGGACAGGAACAGUACCAGCAGAGCGGAAUUUGACAUCAGCAUCUCUUCCUAUGUGGACAGAUGAGCCUGGUCUUGACAACCCUGCAUUUGAGGAAAACACAGUAGCAGACACUUCACAACCACCACCUAGUUUACCAGAAGGGGAGAUUACUACAAUUGAAGUUCAUCGGUCUAAUCCUUAUAUUGAGUUAGGAAUUAGUAUUGUGGGUGGCAACGAAACACCUUUGAUCAACAUUGUUAUCCAAGAAGUUUAUCGGGAUGGCAUAAUUGCAAGAGAUGGACGACUCCUUGCUGGAGACCAGAUACUUCAGGUCAACAACUUUGACAUCAGCAAUGUGUCUCAUAACUAUGCUAGAGCUGUUCUUUCCCAGCCUUGCAGUGUGCUACACCUUACUGUGCUCCGAGAGAGACGUUUUGGUGGUCGAAACUAUAGCCAUUCUGAUAAUAAUUCUUUACGAGAAGAGACCUUCCACGUUAUCCUUCAUAAGCGGGAUUCUAAUGAACAGCUUGGAAUUAAAUUAGUACGAAGGACGGAUGAGGCAGGUGUUUUUAUUCUUGAUCUGUUGGAAGGAGGACUAGCAGCCCAGGAUGGCAGACUCAGUAGCAACGACCGAGUGCUCGCCAUCAAUGGACAUGACCUGAAACAUGGCACCCCUGAACUUGCUGCUCAGAUUAUCCAGGCUAGUGGUGAGAGAGUGAAUUUAACAAUCGCAAGACCAGGGAAACCACAGACCAAUAAUACGAACAGGGAACCAGGAACUCACAACAGCAGCCAGCACCAGGCACAGCAGCUGUAUCACAGCCGACCCAGUUCACAUAAGGAUCUUUCCCAAUGUGUUACAUGCCAAGAAAAGCACAUUACUGUAAAGAAGGAACCACAUGAAUCCCUUGGAAUGACAGUGGCUGGAGGCAGAGGAAGUAAGAGUGGUGAAUUGCCAAUUUUUGUGACCAGUGUACCACCUCAUGGCUGCCUUGCAAGAGAUGGCAGAAUUAAGAGAGGUGAUGUGUUGCUGAACAUCAAUGGCAUUGACUUGACUGAUUUAAGUCAUAGUGAGGCAGUUGCUGUGUUGAAAGCCAGUGCUGCUUCUCCAGCUGUCACUCUCAAAGCACUAGAAGUCCAGAUUGUUGAAGAACAGACCCAGGCUAAUGAAGAGCAGCCAAGUACAAUCAGUGAAAAUGAGUAUGAUGCCAGUUGGUCACCAUCAUGGAUCAUGUGGCUUGGACUUCCAAGUGUUCUUCAUAGCUUCCAUGAUGUUGUCCUACGAAGAAGCAACUUGGGAAGUUGGGGCUUUAGUAUUGUUGGCGGAUAUGAAGAAAACCACACAAAUCAACCUUUUUUCAUUAAAACAAUCGUCCUUGGAACCCCAGCUUACUAUGAUGGAAGAUUAAAGUGUGGUGACAUGAUCAUUGCUGUGAAUGGGCUAUCUACUCUGGGCAUGAGCCAUUCAGCUCUCGUUCCCAUGCUGAAGGAGCAAAGGAACAAGGUUACUCUGACAGUUAUUUGUUGGCCUGGAAGCCUCGUAUAGAUUUGUGACAUUAGUUCUACUUCAGGAAUCUUCCAUUCUCAGAAUUUCUAAAGAAAACCUUUCCUUUGUAUUUGUGAUUUUUUUUCCCCCCUAAGUUACUGCCCCAGCUGGUGAUAAGGCGCAAAACUCCUAAUUUGGAUGAUUUUCAUUUAUUUUUUAUUUUAAUUUAAAGGACUUACUUCACCUUCCCACGUUUGUCUUUCAGCUUUAAAACACUAGUUUCACUGACCUUUAGGUUUUAUCUGAUCUUUAGGUUUAUUUUCUAAAAAUUCCCACUCAAGUGUAGGGUUGUGGCCUAUAAUUGUGAAUGAAACCUUCCCAGAGUUGGACAGAGCCAGUUGAGUCAUAUGAUUUUUGGUUUCUCUUUUUGCUAUUUUAAAAAUUAAAUUGUAACAUAUAAGCUAUUUAUCCUUCUUUGUGGUGAAGACUCACAUCAGUCAUCCUUAACAAAAUAUAGAUGCUCUGUCAUUUGUCAGAAUCAGUAUUGUGAAGGGACAUACUUUUAAUUUUUGUCAACACCAGUUCCUAGUUUCACUGGUGCCAACAUUUCAAAGACCUGUCUUAUUCAUUAAGUGGAUUUCUAGUCCCACUUAUUUCUACUUCAGUCUGUUGGUGUUCAGAAUGAAGAAGGUACAGGCCUAAUAAUACUAAAGAGUUUUUUAUAAUGUGCAAUAUUUGGAAUAGUAGAAAAUAAUUAGGAAAUAUUAUGCUUACUAGUGAAAAAGAAAUUGACAAGUAAGUAUAAGUUUAGUUGUUAGUAGACGUUGCAUUUAAGCAAAAACAAAAAAAAACCCAAACCUUUAAUAGGUUACUUUCCCAAAAAAAUGAUUUAUUACAUAGGAAAAUUUUGAUGAAAACAUUUUUGCUAUAAUAAUUUCUAGAGUUUAUAUUAGUUUUCAGUAAUCUUAUGAAGAAACAUUUUUGUGACUUAAGUAAUUAAACCCAGUUGAACUUUCUUAAAGAGAAAACUACAUUAUAAUAGCGUAUAUGCCUCAGUUAUGUGAAAGAGACCGUUUCAUUUUAAUCUAAUUGAGUGCUGAAUGAGUUUUUUUCCCAUUAUUUAUUCCUUAAACUGACUAAUUAAAUAAUGUAAAAGACCAGAGAAAUCUGCCAUGUACUUGAAUUGUUCAUUAGUUUUUUGUUGUUAAAAUCUUUCAGAUAUUGAACCAGAGAUUUAUUUCAUUAACCUUUUUUAACUGACUAUAAAAAUACAAUCAACUUUUUUUUUUCAUUUAUACAGCAUAGGUAUCCUUUGAAGAUAUAUACAAAAUGGUGUGCUAAGUUGGAAGAAAAAAACCCUGUAUGUUGUUAAUGUUAUACAUACUUGAAAAAGAGUUUCAAUUAGAAACCUAGUUCAGAACCUGAGCUCAUUUACAAGUGACCUCUGUAUUGUAGUGAAUGGUAUUAAUUAUCAGAGAAUGUAUUUCAAAAUUGCUACAUAUACAUUGUGAAGCAUGAACCUUAUUUUCAAGUUUAGCACUUGCAUUGCUGGGGUAUAAGCUAUCUGUAGCAUGUCACUGGUUAUUCUAGUUACUUUUGAAAUAUUUUUUUUUAAUCUGUUAGCCAAUAAAGAAGGCUGCAAUAAUUGCCACGAUCUCAUUCAUCCUAAUGGUGGCUCUGGUCAAUACAUAUCCAGGAAACAGCAGAAUUCCCCCCCCCUCCCCCAUACAGUAUAUUACUGUUGCAUGAUUAUUGGCUUUUGAAGCAAUCUGAUAGUGAAAUACUUUGAUAUUCUAUUUGACAUGCAACGAGUUUCUUUCUGCUCCCCAAAAUAGUUUUGUAAUCUACUUUGCAUUUUUUAAAUGUUUUAUAAAAAUAGAUUAUCUCUUGGGGGAGUAGCUAUCAGCCAGUAUCUUGACUUAAGCUUCACCAGAUGUAAAGAACUGCGGGUGAACUAGGUGAUGUAUCUUUAGUAUCUUUUGUUUUUUUAAAUCUUUUUCAGCAUUUUUUAAUCACAAGAAGUAUAAUCUGGCUUGCACAGUAGGUGGUAUUACAAGAGGCUGUAGCUUUUGGUCAGAAUGAUGUUUGGUGAUGGAAACUUGUUCAUAAUUUAUUCUCAUCAUUGAAAAUAUCUUUUCCCCUUUAAGAUCUUAUAGUUCAAUAUUUUUGUUUGUUCUUCUGUGCCUUCAGUUUAAAUUAUUUCAAGAUUUUUCAAAUGUUCUUAAGUAAUGGUGUGAUUUUCAUUAAGGAUGGAAAUAAAAGUCAUCUUGCUCAUAA